AGAAAAACUAAGAAAUUUUUUUGCAAUCGUCUAUAUUGUUGUUAUUAAUAAUAGUUUCAUGCUAAGUUCAACAAAAAGUAAACAAAUAAAACAAUAUUUAAAGCAUUAAAAACGUAAACACAACUUAUUCUCGAUAAAAUGGCCUGUGAAGUAAAAACGUUUGGCAAUAUAAAAGAUUUUCGCAAAGUACAAGAGUACUUUGGACUAGGACAUGAUGAUAAUUGGUUAAAUGGCAUUAACUAUGCUAUUUCACCUACCGGUGAGGUGAUUGCUUUAGCACAGGGUGAAAAAAUAGCUUUGCUUAGCUCCUGCUGGGACAAUAAGAGUCAAGUGUCUACUUAUACACUGAGUUGGUGUGGCGAAUUGGAGGAUCCCAAUCAAAUUGUCACUUCUCUCGUUUGUUUGCCCAUGUAUGGUCGCAAUGUAACCACUGGCGCUGAAUGGACUUGCAUAGCUUUGGGUCUAAAUUCGGGUAUGGUGGUUUUCUACACUGAUUCGGGUAGUAAAAUAUAUUCACAAAGUUAUCACGAAGAUCCUGUUCACGCUAUUAAAGCCUAUACACCACCUAGACAUUCCGAGGCCGAAGCUUUUAUUUACAUUAUUUAUGAUCAAUGCGUUUGCACACUUAAAGGUUCCGAUUUAAUACCUCAUUUAAAUAGUCUACGCAACAAUCUUAAUCGCACAAUGGGACGUAGUUUAACUGCCUCGAUUAGUACACAAUCUUUGGGGGAGGUAGCCGAUGUGUUAAUGUAUCAGAAAUUUGUAUUUCCCUCGCGUGACCGUAAUACUGUGGUCAAUGAUGCGGUUAUUGAUUCCACUCAAGUGCCUAGUGUGUUUGAUCAUUUCGUGGAGCAAUGUGUAUCUAAUGGUUAUUAUGCACGUGUUUCCUCAACUACAAUGCAAAGCUCCACGGUCUUAGGUGUAGGUGCUGAUCCAUAUUUAGCUUUCUAUAAUGCCGAGGAGGGCUAUAAAGCAAUAUCUUUGGGCGAAGUAGCUAAAGAUGUUAUCGGUAUGGCUUAUCGUAAUAUAUUGGGCAAUUUCUUUGGUCGUGCUGCUCCAUCUACACCCUCACCCGAAGAACAACCCAAUCUUUCGCCCGGCAAAGAAUUGAAAAUGCGUUCCAAAUGUCGUUUCUUCGAUGGCAAACGUGAUGGUCAUACUAUAGCUAUAGCACCCUCAGGACGUUUAGCCGUUGUAGUGGAUAAUUUGGAUCGGGUUAUGCUAGUGGAUACUCAAAAGUCUGCAAUUUUGAGAGUAUGGAAAGGUUAUCGUGAUGCUCAGUGUGCUUUUGUUCCUGUCAAAGAGAAAACUCUUAAAGGUGUACAAACUUCACGCAGAAAAGCUUUAUUUUUGGUGAUUUAUGCUCCUCGUUUGGGUUGCUUGGAGAUAUGGCCUUUACAAUAUGGUCCCAAAGUUGCAGCUUUCACGGUUAGCAAAAGUGGACAAUUGGCUUAUAAUACACAUGGUUUGUUGGGUCUCUCCACCGACAGCAAGAUACGUGCCAACAUUAAUGUCUGUCUUUUUCUCGAUCCCAGUGAUUCAAGUGUUAAAGAAAUACAAAUACCUUUCCAUUAUGCUCUAAGCACAACUAAUUCAGCCACCUCAAAAGACAUACAUCUCUUAAGACGUCUUAAGAAUCAUUUACGCUCUAACGAUUCCACAAAACUAAACAUUGAAGAAAUCACCUCAAUGGCUGCAGAUUUCCAAACAAUCGAAGUACGACAACAAUGUUUAGAAAUGUUACUGAAAAGCAAACAACUGCAGGCUCAUGUAUUUCAAUCCAUCAUCAAUGCUUUCGAUUUAACACUUAAGCAACAGCUUAGCGAUCCCGAAAAGUAUAAUAUGAAAAAUUUAGAGGAAUAUCAACAAUUUCAUGUGGUAGUCCAAAACUAUAAACGUUUAUGUAUGUUUUAUAUGGAUAUGAAAGUACCACAAAGGAAAGAACAUGUUGAAUCUUUAGAAAUAAGUGACAGCGAUUUGGUAAUAAUACAACAAUUAGUUUUACUUUUAAGUGAUUCUUUUGUGCACAAGCAAUUAUCACCGGAGGUGUGUUGUGGUGAUGCAACUACAAAAGGUGUUUCAUUUGGAGCCGAAUUAGAUGAUGUUGGUGAUUUUGUAGAUUUUCUUAAUCUUUUUCAAGUAGAUCUCGAGGAAAGCAUACCUCUGUCCUCAGAAAAAUCUCAAUACUUUGGUGAAGUUAGUGGGAAAUUAUUUAAUCGUUUCUUCAAGCAUGGCUUGUGUUUCGAACAAUUUAAAACGGCUGCAGAAAAAUCUCUUAUACCCUGCCGUGAUCUAUUGGUGUUAGCUUUAUAUUAUUGGCUGGAGAAACCUUUUUACUAUAAAAAUUGUGAUGAAGUUGUAGAUGAUAUGUCCCGUUUAGCUGCUAUGAUCACCAGCAUUUGUGAUUUGGCCGGUGAUGUGGUAAAUAAUUAUGCCUACAAUUCCAUUUCACCUUGGUGGCAAUAUGUACGCGAAUUGCUAUUGGAGAGUCACAAGUCUUUGGGUUUAUUAGUUGCUAUUGUUUGUAAAACUGUAGCCACCAAUUUGAGAAGAGAAUUUAAGGAUGCAUCCUGUGAUGAACAGGAAGAAGAGGAACGUUGGGAACGCAUAUCACAUGAUGAAGCUCAAUGGGGUCUUUUAAUAGGAAAAUUAGAAGAUAUCGCUAUACUGGGAGCCAUUUUAGAAUAUCCCAUUAUAAGUUUAGAUCCUGUUAUGCCAGAAAUUCCAUACGAAAUACCCGAUUGCAGUUUAAAAUCCAUUGUCAGCGGUGGCAAAGGUAUUGUUACCGAUCUAACAGCCAAAUGGCUGAUAAACACUAGAAUACAUCCUUCAAAAAUCAUAGAAAUCGAUAAAGCGGAAAUUGUACUAGAAACUCCUAAAGAUUCUAAAGAAUCAACUACUAGCACAAAUGAUUUAAUAAAUGACCACAGUAUAGAUACCGAAAAUAAUGAAGCCAAACCUACACAAUUAGAUGAUUCCGUUUUAAUAAAAUUGGCUCUCUUAAGAAAACAUUUUCCCUUCAGUUUAGAUUCUGGUGUCCUAUUAAGUCUAAUGACUUGGCAUUAUAUGAUCUAUUGGAGUAAAAAUCUAACCAGUUUAGAACAUUUCCGUGCAGCUUUGACGUGUUUGGAACAAUUCAAAAUAUCAGAUCAUGCUUUAAAACAUGGUAUUUGUUGUAUGCUAUGGCAAGCUACUUUGAAAUAUCCCUUACAAUCUACAGCCAAACUGAUACACAAAGUUGGUCGUUUACCCAAGGAUAAAAUGUGUCAACAGGAUAUUGAUAUGUCGGCUUCAUGUGUGCCAGAUUUUUUGGAUUUAUGUUUAGAAUUUCUGGAACAUUUUGAAGGUUCUCUAAAUCAUGAUAAAUUAGAACUGCAGUUUGAAAUCAAUUUAGCCGAUGGUCCUUUGCCAUUACAAUUUUUGGCCUUACAACAGCAUCAUGCUAUUAAGGAACAGCUUAAAUUACACUAUGAAUUGACGGCUGUCCUUCACUUUAUAUCGUUUUUCCAAUUAAAAAUACCAAAACCUUUGACCACGGUAUUCGAUGCCAUGAGUAACAAGGCCUUUUUUCUGGACAUCAACAAGGAAUUGACAUUUGUUUUACCGCAACCCGAUUUAGUUUUACAACAUCAGCGUUGUGAUUUUCUAAGUAAAGUUAUAACAGCUUCUAUGGAUUUGAUAAGAGAAGAUUUGGAACAGUUGUUUGUACAGGAACAUGAGCAAUAUAUGGAAAAAAUAUUAAAAUUAGCUGAUAGCUGGUGUUUAGAUCAACAGCCUCUAAGAAGAAGACAGAUUGUUGAUUUAUAUGCCCAUGGUUUUGAUGCAAAUGCCGAAGAGUUAUUGAAGAAUGUUUCAGAAGAUGAAUUUAUAGGACAAAUGCUAUUGGAAAUAGCUGGCAGACGUUUAAAUCUCUAUACGGAAAAGUCACAAACUGGAUUUUUAAAAGUAGCUUCUGUGGGUCAUCAACUGCUGGGCUAUUUGGAUAAUCUUCGCGAAACUUCUAAUAUGUCUACAUCUCAGCAAAUAACUGCCUCUGAACCUAAUGAGAUCGAUAUUAAUGCCUUAACUAAUCUAGUUACAAACACAAUAUCAUUUCUAUCACAGAACGAAUCAGCCAAUAUUCAUAUCGCUGCCCAAAUGUUUGACGCUUGUAAUCUAUUACAGGAGUGAUGAACAAUCAGUCAUUAAUAAUAAUGUAUGUUGAAAUAUCAAAACUAGCACCAACACCACCACCAUUUAUAUGACCUUUUUUUUACGUGAAUAUGUAGUAAAUAUAUUUAAUAUUAAGCAUUAUAGUUUUUUAUUCAUUAUUUAUAAAUCAAUACUAAACAUAUUUAUCAUAUAUUUAAAAUUAUUAUUUAAUAAAUAACUGUUUAUUUAGGUACAAAACCUGAAAA